AUGGCUGCCUCGGGGUUCUGCUGCCUGCGGUGCUGUAGAGAUGCUGGGACGGGCCACAUCCCUCUGAAGGAGAUGCCGGCCAUGCAGCUGGAUACGCAGCACAUGGGAGCAGAUGUUGUCAUUGUGAAAAAUGGGAGAAGAAUAUGUGGAACAGGAGGUUGUUUAGCCAGUGUGCCUUUACAUCAAAACAAAAGCUACUUUGAAUUCAAAAUCCAGUCCACAGGAAUCUGGGGUAUUGGCGUUGCAACUCACAAAGUUAACUUGAAUCAGAUUCCUCUUGGCCGAGAUGUGCACAGUCUGGUGAUGAGAAAUGAUGGGGCCCUGUACCACAACAACGAGGAGAAAAAUAGGCUGCCAGCAAACAGCCUUCCACAGGAGGGAGGCGUAGUGGGUAUUACAUAUGACCAGGUAGAAUUAAAUGUGUAUUUGAAUGGAAAAAACAUGCCUUGUCCAGCAUCAGGCAUACGAGGGACAAUGUAUCCAGUUGUUUAUGUUGAUGACAGUGCAAUUUUGGAUUGCCAGUUCAGUGAAUUUUAUCAUAUUCCUCCGCCUGGUUUUGAAAAAAUAUCAUUUGAACAGCAAAUCUUCUGA